GCGAAAUUGUGUGUGUAUCUGUCCUGCUCGCACUUCUUAGUAACAAGGAAAUUGUCAUUUCUGUCAAUAAGCACAAUAUUUAAGAAAAUUGUGCUCUGAAGCGAAAAGUUUGCAUGAACAGAAAAUUAAAAGCAGUUCGAGAGUUUUUGUUGUGUGUUUAAUUUUACUAUAACCUAUUCGUAAUAAUAUUCAAAUUUAGUGCUGCAUAUGUAAAUAUUGAACAAAUGUAUACUCGCACAUAGCUGUCAUUUUAUACUCUUUUUCUCUACGCUCCGCGGUGACUGAAUCAUAGCUGUCAAAUCUAUUACCCGAUUUCUUGUGGGGAAAUAAAUUUUUUCUGCUGAAGUUCUGUUGGCUAUUUGGGAAUAUAAAGAGUUCUUGCACUUUUAUAUUCUUUUAAAAUAGAUUUACCUGUGUAAUAAAAGUGUGUACAUUAGUUAAAAGAACGGAAACAAAAAACACUUAGCCAGUGCUAAUCAUUAUAGUAGACGAUUUGGGUGUAUGUGUAGUUGUGCUUGAAGAAAUUAAAUACGGACCCUUGAGUCACAACUGGCCACUCACAAAAUAUCAUAAAUACUUUGGUUUUUUGUUGAAAUAUACUCAUUGAAAUGGAGCAAACACAAAUUAGCGAUGCUGAAAAAGUGCGAAUCGUUUCUGAUUUUAUUAUGCAUGCACCACCUGGCGAAUUCAAUGAAGUUUUUACCGAUGUACGUCAAUUGCUCAAUAAUGAUGCGCUGCUGAAAGAGGGCGCCAGUCACGCCUUCGCACUAUACAACAAAGAGCAAUUAACGCCAGUACAUAUUGAUGGUAGUGAAAAUAAUGCCCUUAUAUCGGAAUAUAAUGAUCUGGGAAAUGGUCGUUUUUAUGAUCCCCGUACCAAGCAAUCUUUUAAGUUUGAUCACCUACGCAAAGAAGCCAGUGAUUACCAGGACGUGGAACCGGACGCCACAUCUGAGCCAUGGCGUGCUGCUCUUGAUGUAGAAGCCAUCAACUACACAAACAGUCAUUAUAGAAAUGGCGUAUCCUCUGUAUUUGGAAAGUCCCAAGGGGGUCAAAUUACUCUUACACUUUGCAUUGAAGACCAUCAAUUUCAACCGAAAAACUAUUGGAAUGGCCGAUGGCGAUCACAGUGGAGUAUUACUUUGCAACCUGGCAAUGGCAGUGCUGAACUUAAAGGGGUGCUUAAGUUACAGGUGCAUUAUUAUGAGGACGGAAAUGUGCAACUAGUUUCUACCAAGGAAUUCCGAGAAUCUGUGGUCGUGUCUAAUGAACAACAAGUAGCAAAAGAAGUUAUACGUUUAAUCGAAGAAGCUGAAAACGAAUAUCAGUUGGCAAUUUCUGAGAACUAUCAAACCAUGUCUGAUACGACAUUCAAAGCGAUGAGGCGUUUGCUGCCAAUAACAAGAACUAAAAUUGACUGGGGCAAAAUCGUUACAUAUAGUAUUGGUAAAGAAUUGAAAACGCAAUAAGAUCCGGUAGAUGUUAAGGCGUCGUCGGGGGUGAAGGAAACAUUGGUAGGCGAAGUCACACAACAAUUAAAAUCCAGCAUUUUGGAGCGGCCUACCAGUCUUCGCCUAGCUGUCAAACAUGAUUAAGUCCAAAAUAUGAAUAUGUGGCGAGAUCUGAAAUUACUAUUACGCAAAGUAGUAGCAGCAUUUUAAAUUUUUCAAAGAUUGUACAUUUUUUCCACUAGCUAAACCAUAAAUUUUCAGCCAAUUUGGUACUCAAGUUUGCGCAUAUUGACACUUUUGCUCUCAAUGGCUUCGAAAAAAUCUCUCUCUUUGGCUUUGCGUAAUUGCAACUCGGAUUUCGCAUACAUUUACCUAAAUCAAAUGAAACACUUGCAUUAUAUAGCCCGCAAGAGUUUAUAUACAUACUUAUAUAUAUACAUAUAUUUAUAAUGGUGGCUAUAACUGCGAGUUUAGCAGUGCAGUGCUACAUUUCGCAGCAAUUUCAUCACCAUUGUCGCCUUUGUCGUUGAAUGCAGAAAAUAAGAAAAGUAGUAUAUAGUAAGGUACUAAAAUAGAUGAAAGGAAUUUUAAUAAAGUUAGUUUACAACACAAAAAUUAAAGAA